AUGUCGUCUUCAAACUCUCCAUGUGCGGCAUGCAAGUCGUUGAGGCGAAAAUGCACACAAGAAUGUAUUUUGGCACCUUAUUUUCCACCGGAUCAGCCUCAAAAAUUUGCGAGUGUCCACAAGGUAUUUGGUCAGAGUAAUGUUGCUAAACUUCUCUCUGAGCUCAAUGCUGCGCAACGUGAAGAUGCCGUGAAUUCACUUGCUUUUGAAGCUGAGGAACGACUCCGUGAUCCGGUUUAUGGCUGUGUGGGGUUAAUUUCAAUCCUUCAAGAUAGAGUGAAGAAACUGCAGAAUGAUCUUUAUACUGCUAAGAAAGAAUUGGCUAAUUAUGUGGGGCCUCAAGCAAUGCUACCUAUGGUGAUGCAGCCCCAACACAUGGGUAAUCCUUCUUCUUCAACUGUGAUGCAACAUAAUGUGAUGCCAACGAUGGGUAUUCCUUCUGUUGGACAAAUGGGGAUGAGUGCAGAGGCUCAUCAACAUCAACACCAUCAUGUCCAUCAUCAGCAAAUCUACGAGGCUCAACAAAUGGCUGCUGUGGUGGCUGCAAGAGAGCAAGAGAUGUUAAGGGCUUAUGAGCAACCGCAACAACAACUGCAUCAGACACAGCAGCAACAGCAAGAAAUCGUGAGGUUUAAUGGUGGAUUUGAGCCGGAUAAUUCAGCUGUUGCUACUGGGUUUAAUCAGAUCCAUCCUGUUGCUGCCGCUGAGAUGUCACCUUCUUUGGUUCUUGGCACUGUUGACAAUACUUUUCAGAUUCAACCACAAGGAGAGCCCCAUCCCAAUCAGCUUGUGGGACAGCUUUUGCUUCAGCCACAGCAAACACAACAAAUCCAUCAGCAUUCAAAAUCUGAAAGUGAGGGGCAGCUCAUGAAUGCCGGACACAAGUGGCAUGGAUGGAAAAGAACUAUAGAGAGGGAAGGAGGGAGGUUUACAUCUAAAAUUCGAAGACCGUAA